GCCCCAGUUCCGCCCACGAGCUGCCACCAUAUUUUUUUGGUCUACGAUAAAAUCGCGCGUCAUGUUCUUCUUUAUCUUCAGCUCGCUCCCUGAAUCGAAGCUCAUCCAGUCGGCAGCGGCCAUAUGCCCGAGAUGUCGGUCACCAGCGGAUCUCGUGGAGAUGCAGCAAGUCACGCGGUUGUUCUUCAUCCCCGUUUGGCGGGGAAAGUCGUCCGGACCAUACGUCUCGUGUCCUGACUGCUGGUUCCGCAUGCCCAUGGAGGACUACUCACGCAUGCAAGAAGGCGAAGCAGCUAGACGGGAGCAGUACCAGCCGCCACUUCCGCCUGAGACGCGGUUCCCACAGCAGCAGCAGCAGCAGCAGCAGCAGCAGCAGCAGCAGCAGCAGCAGCAGGAGGUUCCUGGGACCUUCCCAUGCUGGUCGUGCCGUGCUCCCCUGCAGUCAGGUUACAGGUUUUGCCCGUUCUGCGGUGCUCCGUGCUCUGAGUAGUGUUUACCUCGUUGGUACGUGUUGGAACUGGACGGUACUUGCUAAGGAUGCUCUGAAAGCCGGGGUUGGGGAGGGGAACGCCUGUCUUCACCAGUUGGUUGCGCCAGCCCAGAGAUAGAAACCACAGUGUGUCCUCUGUUGCUGUAUAUCGUGUGGGUUUGUUUGUUAGCCGUGCGAUUGAGCACAUGCCGUUACAGAGUCUUGGUGAACCUUGGGUCAGUGUUUUGGUUCGCUUCUGACUGUGUGCUCGGAGCUUUAGGGCGUGGCGCCUAUAGCUUGCUAAGACUUUUUCUAGGCCAUCUAGGCUUCUCCUACGUGUCAGUUUUCAGUGAACAGCCUAGGCUUGAUGGCUGAAACUCCUGUACAGACUUCUCGAGAAUUCGCAAGUAGCUUGACCUUUAGUUG